AUGUCCCUCAGCAACCAGUCCUGCACCCAUGCGAACGAUGCUGGUGUCACCUGCACACGCUUCAGGCUGGUGAAUGGCAGCACGGCGUGUUUAGGUCGAGUGGAGGUCCAGGUGCAGGGGACCUGGGGAACCCUCUGUGACUCUCGCUGGGACAGCUCCGAUGCCCACGUUCUCUGUCAUCAGCUCAACUGUGGAUUUGCUGAGUCUGUUCCUCAAGGAGGGCGUUUUGGGAGAGGAACCGGCCCUGUCUGGAGAGACACCUUCCACUGUGAUGGGACAGAAUCCCAUUUAGGACAGUGCCCUGUGACUGUCCUGGGGGCCUCUCCAUGCUCGCAAGACAACAAUGCAGGUGUUGUCUGCUCAGGGCUCUCAGGAUCCCUGCGGCUGGUGGACGGAGGGAGCCGGUGUGAUGGGCGAGUGGAGGUGGCCCUGCAUGGUGCAUGGGGCAGAGUCGUGGAUGACCAGUGGGAUACGAAUGAUGCCAGUGUGGUAUGUCGGCAGCUCCAGUGUGGAGAAGCAGAGCAAGCCUACACCCUACCAAAGCCUGAACAAGGGAUGGGCCCUGUGGGGCUGAGAAGGGUCCAAUGUGGAGGGAAGGAGACUCACCUGACCCUCUGCAACACCUCCCUGCCUGAGGCAGCGCCAGCAGGAAUUGCUGAGGAUGUGGGGGUGAUUUGCUCAGGGAGCCCGCAGGUCCGGCUGGUGAAUGGGUCAGGGCGCUGUGCUGGGAGAGUGGAGAUCUACUACCAGGGCACCUGGGGGACCAUCUGCAAUGACUCCUGGGACCUGUACGAUGCAACUGUUGUUUGCCACCAGCUGGACUGUGGGGUGGCUGUGGAGGUGGUUGGCUCUGCUCGUUACGGGGAAGGCUCUGGGCCAAUCUGGCUGGACGAUGUGAACUGCUCUGGCGAUGAAGCUGCUCUCUGGCACUGCCAAACACGGGCCUGGGGGCAGCACAACUGCAACCACAAGAAGGACGCAGGAGUUCUCUGCUCAGAGUUUGUGGCCCUGAGACUGGAGAACAGUGAUGGCUGCUCUGGGCGCCUGCAGGUUUUCUACAGGGGGAUGUGGGGGAGUGUUUGCUCCAACUCAAUGACUGCUGAUACCGUGUCCCUUGUGUGCAAAGAGCUCGGCUGUGGAGAUGGAGGGUCCAUUGAAACAGUCCAGAUGUUUGGCAACAUAUCUGGCCCCGCGUGGCUGGAUCGUGUUGAGUGUGGGAAGAGGAACAGUUCCUUUUGGCAGUGCCCCUCUGCUCCCUGGGACCCGCAGUCAUGUGAUGACCGACAGGAAGAGACCCACAUCACCUGCAAUGAUCCCCCUCAGGGCCGUGCACGGGACAGCAGGAGCAUCUCCGUGCCUGUCAUCAUCUCCAUCAUCCUGGGGGCCCUGCUCUGCCUGCUCCUGGCCCUCCUGGUGGGGCAAGUGCGAAGUGCCAGGGCUCAGCGGAAAGGCUCCAGAAGGUCUCUGGAAUCCUUCUCUGAAGGUGUGUACCAGGAGAUCGACUACAGCCUGACGUGGGAGAAGCAGGCGAGGUUAAGUCACUCAGGUUCCUCUUCACAGGGUUCCCUGAGCAAGCUGCAGUCCAACCUCAGGGACAACGAGGAGAAGGAUGGUCCUGGGUCAGCCCCAGAUGUCCCCAUCCUGCCUGGAGGUAACCCAGCAGUCAUCUAUGAUGAUGCCAGGGAAGUCUCUGACCUCAGGGAGGAUUUUGUUCCUGGGCAGCACAACUGGGAAGCACCCAGAGAAGCAGAGGAGGGAGACAAGCCCAAGCAGGCACAGAGAGGGUGGAGCUUGCACUGCCAGGGAAGUUACAGUGCCCCCGAAGCUGAGAGAGAUGCCCCAUCUCUGCUCCUCAUGCACACGAUGUACGAUGAUGCUGAAGAGACAUCUCUGGAACAACCUCUUGAAGACACCAAGGCUGAGAGAAUGGGCUCUGGUGCCAAACAGUCCUUGAGUCCAGGGCCAGGGGAGCCCACCCCUGCCAUCCAGUUGGGUGCACAUGGGACAGAAGAGAGGUCUGUGAACCUGGGAGAGCCAUGA